CCUACGAGACAACAGACUAAGAGGGAGAGUAAGAGUAAGAAAGGAGAGGCGAAAGAGGGUCUCUUUGCUUUGCGCAAAAGUUAUGCUGGAGCGAGAAGGCAGUGAGACACACCGCGGAGACCGGAAGAGAACCCUCUCUCCGUAUUGAAGAGACUCCUAAAAGACCGCGAAAAUAUUUUCCGUUUACGUGCGUGACAUUUGUUAUAUUUUAUUUAGAAGUAUUUUAUUGAAAGGUGUGUCAUCAUUUUUACUUUGUCCUAUUCUGACCAUCACUAUCGUGUGUUUAUUUCAGUUGAUUUACUUUUCAAGCAGUAAUUAUUCAUUAAGUGGAGUUUAAAAAGUGAGUGAGUGUCAUUGAGGAUUUUUUUAAAGUCCCGGGAAACAGUGUCGCGCGUGCGUGGCGGCGAUAACGCAUGCGCAAUUGAUAGAAAGCAAAGUGAAGGAAGAGCGCGAACACGAAAGGGAAAGUGACAAUUGUUGAAGUGAAAGGAAAGAGAAAAGAAAGAGAGGUUAAAUUUUUGGUAAAUAGCAGACAGUGUCAAUAAGGUUGUUAAGGCGGUAAGCACUAUAUUGGUGAAAGCGAACAGAAAAUAAAUGAGAAAGGAAGAGAGGAAGCAGUUAAGGUGGAAAUAAGUGCACAAAUUUGUUGGUUCUCGUUAAUGUAUUGGCUUUAUACAUUGUAUAAACGAACCUGUGGCAGUAGUAAAGCGACGGGUUGUGUAAGAGCUGAAAGUAAAAGUUGAAACCGCCGACUUCGGCGACCGCGUGAGCGCGUUAAAAUCCGACCCAAGACUGGCCGAAUAUCCCUUCCAUUUAGUCACUUUCGCUUGCCCGAACUUUCGUCGUUUCUCUCCCUUUGGAUAAACGCGGAGAGUCUCCCUGAAAGUUCACAUCGGGAUCAAGAGGUUGCGUGUGAAGAAAUUAACAAGUUUGAAAGUCCGCUCGCGAUCGCCUGUCCUUGAAAAUAGGAAGAGGGGGCGAAGAAAGCGACCAAGUAGUAACACACAGACGGAGAACGAAGAGCAAAGGUUGAAGGAGAAGAAGAAAAACGAGUAGGAGGUGGAAUGCUUGUAGAUGCUCUGCAUUGCGUAACCGGAAUGUAACGCCGUGCCAACGCAACGAGAAAGAGAGAAGACACCCGCGACGAGUAGUCGAGGACGACGACAAGCGUGGACGGGGGAAAUAGAGAGACAGAUAAGCUUCGCACUCACUCGCUUUUCAUUUAUCGUCGUCGAGAGAUAUCUUUAGCUACGCUCCGAGAAAAAUAUUCGCUCUCAAUGACUUCUUCUGCUGAACAAUGUGGAAAAGUGAAAGAAAACUUGUGUAAAAAAUUACAUUUUGGCUAAAUUUAGUAUCAUCUUCUAUUUAGUGUACACAAAAGUGUCGAAAAAACAUGGCUUUGUUGAUUUUUAUUUCGCUAACUGGUGCGGUGAGACAGUGUCAUCACGUGUACUCGCACGUCUUAGUGCGGUAGGAAGAACCGGAAGUGGAGAAAAGUGGGAGCAGUAGUAGGCGUGAAGACACCACGAGGAAAGAAAAGAUCCGAAGACGAAGAAGAGGAAGAAGACGAGCAAAAGACUUUUGUCUCUCUCUUCUCGCUCUUACGCCCGCGAGGAAGAUCCGGAAGUCGGUGUCGUGCGUACAGCCGGAAGAGUGGGAAGAGAGGAGAGCGAAGCGCCGCUCCUCCGCACCUAGGCCGAGAGUGAUAGCGCGCUUCUCUCUCUCCCGUGUUCGCCAGUCGGUCUCUCACCGUCCGCCGUCGUCGUCGUCAUCGUCAUUGUCGUCGUUGUCGCACUCUAUAGCGACUUUUACCUCGGCUACCAACAAGCGUUUCGUAAAAGGAUUACAAAAUCGUAGAGGGACACAGAGAGACGGGGAAAGGAAAAAGAACGAGUGAAGCCAGUGAGGGAAAGUCAAGUUGCGGCAUACUGCCGGUGUGAUUAAGGAACGUUAGUGAAAUUUUAUGGACGAGUGAAAGAGAAGAAGACGAAGAUAAAACAAGUAUUGUUUAUUCAUUAUUAUUUCAUCGUCAUCUUGUACAUUCUUCUUUAAUUGUUUUCAUAUCUUAAUGUUCUAUUCAUUUCUGUAAAUCAACCGUCAUCAAAUGAGUACGCGUGCAUACUUGUCGUCAGAGAAUUAAAAGUCCGCUUAAAAAGGUUAACGGAAUAAAAAAAAGCCUCGCGAAAGGAUAAGAGAAAGGAAUAAGAGCCUUCGAAGUCCUUGAGAGUACCCAACGGGUAAAAGUGCUGGAGCCAGCUGGCUGACCCUGGAAAGCUUGGACCAGAGAGGGUCUCAGUGGCGAGAAGACAAGAGAAAAAAAACAAGAACGCAUUGCGCUCUCACCCAGUCAUCGACGUUGUUUUUUCAUCUGAUUAAAGAAAAUUAUAAAGACGUACAAAAACCAUUACUUUUUGAGAUGAUUUUAUAAGUUUUUCUCAAUUUCCAGUUAAUAAGUUCAGAGUGUCUGUAGAUACUCAAGUGUCAGUGAAAGUGUGCAGCAAAAAAAGGGUGUCGUAUAGAAAAAAUCAUAAUAUUUAGUGGUUAUUUAUUGUGUGAUCUCGAAAGUAGUGAUAUACAACUUCUUCGGGGUUAAUGAGAAUUUAUUUCAAUGUACGUCACGUGUUGGCAUUCACACACGAUCUCGGAGUACAAAACCUCGUGGUCGUCUUUAGUGACUUUGAAUUGUUUUCGUGGUCCCUUGAAGAUGCUUCGAGGUUCUUCAAGAGAAUCCUAAGGAUUUAAUCUACACUACUGGCGUUUUAAUUACAUACAUAUAGGAUACACUCUUGUAAUUAUUGUAUAGGACUGAGGAUUUAAUCAAGACGAUGUAUACGGACGGUUUACUGACUCUUCAUUAUGGGAAGCAUCCCGCAACCUUAGCCGCUGAGGUUGGAGCUUGGUACAGUGGUGAUCGUCAUGUUGACGUGACUCUUGCUUGUGACGAUGGUUCUGUCGUCAGAGCUCACCGGGUCGUUUUAGCUGCAGCUAGUCCUCUUUUGGCUAGUCUUCUUCGGAAUCCAGCGUUGGACCAUGUGGUUCACUUGUCUGGAGUUAAAACAACUCAGCUUCACCAUCUUCUGGAAUUUCUUUAUAAUGGUGAAGCUCUCAUACCUUCUUCCGAGCUCACACCUUUGAGAGAGCUCUUUGAACUUCUUCAGAUCAAGUCAGAAUUAUUUGAUCCGAAUCAACCACAAACUUCAACAGAUUCAGAUUCCCUUAGGAUACCAACGCCACAACCUUCAGACAGUCAAGAAAGUUCUAGUUAUGAAUCUCAGUAUGACAGCAGGCAAUCGAAUAACCCUGCUGACUGUUGUUCAGUGCUGAUAAAAAGCGAAGGCUGUGAUGAUGAACCAGAGCAAGAAGUUGAUGUUGAAGGAGUUGAAGGAGAUACGAUUCUUUCGGAUAAUAGAGAAGGCAGCAUUGAACCACCAAGAAGAAGGGAUAGUUCUGAUCCAGUCAAUCUUAGUCUUAAUUCUGGUACAUCAGCUAAAAGUGACAGUUCACAUGAAGUGUCUCAGAGGCCAGAAAAGACUCUUCUUGAGAGGCGAGAAUCCUUAGAAGAAGCAGAAGAAAGACGGAGACAAUUAGCAGCUCGUCUUUCGCUUGGCUUAGAACAAGGAAAACGAAAACCUGAAGAAAUACCUAUCCCACCUGCAGAAGCUUAUGUUGUGACACCUCAUCGAAAAAGACGACCAGGUUUUCACAAUGCUCCUGCACAGAACCCAGCUUUUGUACCUUUUAAUCCUGGAUUCGAAACGCCUCGGCGAUUAGCAGCGCCUCAUCCUCUAAGUGUUUCAGCACCACCAUACCUGCAGGACAGGUCACUUACGCCACCAGGAGGUUCGCAUCGGCCACCCAGUGCAGAUCCGGCAUCAGCAGCAAGCUUAGAACCACCUUGGGGUGCAUGGACACUUCCCUCGACGCGAGCACCACCUCCACCAUCAACUGAUGACCCACCGAAAUGUAAUCCUGUCCGCGAGUACCGUUGUACAUAUUGCGGAAAACAAUUUGGAAUGUCUUGGAAUUUAAAAACUCACCUACGAGUUCAUACUGGAGAAAAACCUUUUGCAUGUCGUCUGUGUGUAGCUAUGUUUAAACAAAAAGCUCAUCUUCUCAAGCAUCUUUGCUCAGUACACAGAGGCGUUAUUGCAGCACCCGACAACACAUUUACAUGUUGCUUUUGCUCUUGCAACUUUGACAGUCUGCAAGAGCUCAUAAGACAUCUUUCUGGUCCGCAUAACAAUCUUCUUCUUAGCAAAAAUCUUCAUGACUAACGACGGCAUUAAAGGUCUACCGGUGUUGAGUCAUUUAUUUUGUUUGUUAUUUUCAUAACAGAAUUCUUUUUACUUAUUCUAAGAAUCUUUAGUACAAAAAAAAUGUCUUUUGUAGGAACGAAAAUACUAUCUUUAAAGGUUUUUUAUGUUCUCACAAAUAAAUUUUUGUCUUGUAAAAUAUGUAUUAAUUUUAUGAAAUUUUUACAUAAUAUAGGAAGACAUCGGUCAGACCUUAAUUAAAUUGUGUCGAAAAUAUGUUAUUGGUCAAAAAGUUGACAAUAAUUGUUAAAAAGAGAUACUUUUCAUUAAAAAAGAAAAAAUUGAAGCGAGGAUUUGCCAAGAGAAAGUGAGUUGAGAAUAUAAAUAUUAAAGCUCAGUUCACCUGAAAAGAAUUAAUCGAAAAUAAGUGAAUAAUUCACGAAAGAUAAAUAAAAAUUAAAACAAACUAUUGAAUAGACAUUAAAUACCAAGAAAAAAUGAACGAAAGGUUAAAAAUAAAUGCUAAGAGAAAAAAAUAAAUGUGGCAGAAAAUGAAUGUGGCAGAACAGACAUAUCGUUUUAUUAACGAUUAUGUUAUUUAUACUUCAAAAAGACAUUCAACAGAUAUCUGUUGAAGUCUUUGAAUUUUGCUUGUAAAUAAUGUUGUAUAAUUCUAGAUUCGAAAUGGACAUUAUUAUUAUUUAUUUAACAAUUACAAAGGGACCAACCGACUUUCCACCGAUUCUGUCUUAAGUAGUAAUUAGUUUCCUGCCCUCUAUCGUCGUUAGAUUGAAAGUAGUGAGCUUUCACUAAAAAAAGAAAUAUUAAGAGAUUUUAUCAAAUCCUCUCGAUAUUAAUCAAUAAUUAAAUUAAUAAUGAAGUAAGUUAUAAAUUGAUAAUUAGUAAUUAAUAUUAAUUAUUAAUUAUGAUUAAUAAUAAAAUGAUGACCACCGAGUUUGAAACCUCAAAAAAGCUCUAUUGCUGUUUAAAAUAAUUUAAAAUGUUAAUUAACUUUUUAGAAAGAAAUUUGUAAAUGUAAAUAUGAGACCUUCAGCAAUGCAAGUGCCUUGUUAAGUUGGGUCCAAAUGAGGUCGAUUGGGCAGUGAUUUCAUGUGUUCAUAGGCUUAAGUGUGUACGAAAGUAUGCCCGCUUUAGAAAUGUCGUAAAUCAAUAAAUUAAAUAUAUUAUGCAGGUUAAUUAAUUGUAAUUAGAUAAUUAAUUUUAAACUAAAUAAGUACGAAUCACAUUGGUAGAUUGUAAUAUGGUGACAUAGCUUUGGCGCAGGACGUCAGAUUUUUUAAUUAAAUCUCCAGGUGCCUUUAAUAACUUGGCCUGUUUUGUUUAUUAUGUUGAAAAGAAAAUUAUUAAAACAAAACAAAUUCUCGAGCUUGUAUAAAAUUUUUCUCCUUUAGAUUUUUGUGAUUUUAUAUUCAAUUGUCACAUCAGUGAGGUAUUUUCAUGAAAAUUAUAUUUUUUGUAUCGCGUGAAAUAGUAACUAAAUAAAAUUUAUACUGCUCAAGAAUUGAUUUUGUAUUGCAAUAAUUUUAGUUCUCAAUAUAGAAUUUUUGUAAUGUAUGUAAAUAUUAUUCUUACGCCUCUUAAUGAAAAUCGACAAUUAAUUUGUUUUAUUAAAAAAAGUGGAUAUUAAGAAAAAUAAAUUGUAAUUAUUGGAAAAAGAUUUAUAAAGUUGGUAGAUCGAGUUUGAUUUGAAUUUAACAAAAAAUAAUUGAAUAGAUAAUUGAGAUAAAAUUGUAAGAAACUUAGAGUAUUAUGGAUUGGAUAUGGUCAGGGAUAAAAAUUAAGAUGUUGAAUAUAAAUGGUAAAAAGGACUUUGUGUAUAAAAAAAGAGAAUAGAAUAAAUAAAAAUAAAGAGGCAAAAGUACAUGGAGAAAAAAUUCAUCGUGCCGCGAAAUACCCCAGCAGAAUGCAUAAUCAAUAGCACACAUACAUAUACAUAAUUCUAUCUUCUGAAGCAGUACACCAAAGAUAUGUUCGUAGGUCUGUUCAAGUGGAUAGUGAAUAAGAUAUUAAUUCUUUGUCAUGUAGGAGUAACAAAUUAUUAAAGAUUGGUAGAGACAAAAAUUUACAAACAAAAACAAUGUGACCUGAUAAUAAUGGUUAUGAUGAUAUAAAAACAAUUAAUUAAUACCUACGACAGAUCGUUGUACACUCAUAUCAGCCAAUAAGAUAUCUAAUAAAAACAAUAAAAAAUUUUAGUAAAAAAAA